ACUUCAGCGCAUACGAACCUAACCUCAAUACUUCAAAAUUGCUUGUGUGUCGGUUUAGGUGUUUUAUAUUGUUAAAAAUAAUGGCAGGACCCACGAAAAAAACUAAACCGACCGAAAAGGAAGAAUCCGAAGAGGAAGUUAUGAGCGAAGAUGAAGAAAGUGAGGAGGGCACUUACCAUGGACAAAAUGAAGUUCAGGCGACUUUUGAAGGGCGUAACCCAGAGGGGCAAGAUUUCCACGGCAUCAAGCAGUUACUUGUUCAAUUAUUUUUAAAAGCACACAUCGACUUAUCUCAAAUCAGCGACAUGUUAAUCCAACAAAACGGCGUUGGUUCCGUCCUCAAACAAAGCUACAACGAUAGCGACGACGAAGAGGAUGUGGACAUGGUCGAGGAAUCCGAUGUGUUUGGAAUAACGAGUGUCUUAAACUUGACAUCCCACAGGGAAACACCCUGUGUGGUACAACUGUAUAAACUGUUGGAGGAAGUUAGUGGGAAGCAUUCGAGCAAUGAAGUUCAAGAGAAUAUCAAGAAAAUCUUGCAAUCUUCGAAUAGGCUUGGAUUUUUAAUAAAUGAGAGAUUUGUUAAUAUUCCAGCCAAAAUUUCUACGGUUAUGUUGACGUCUUUACACGACGAAAUUGAAAGAUUCAAGAAAAAAGAUCAGUCCUAUAAUUUCCAGUAUUUUGUUAUGAUUUGUAAAACAUACAAACCGAAGGGAGAAAAAGAUGGUGAAGAAACCUUUACAAAUGCUGAAGAAGAAAUCUUCGCGAAAAAAUCAAUUAUUAACUUUGAAUUUAACGUAGAAAAUGAAGCUGAUUCAGGUCUGGCUGGAAAAUGGCUGUCAGAAGAUAAGCAAGUAACACCCUUUAGAAGAGUUUUGAUAUUUAAGGCAGAUAAAUUUAAAAAUAUAAUAGAUGAAGUUACUGCAUUUGUGCAGUAACAUUUUAUGUACAAGUUAUUUUUAUUAAGCUAUUUUUUUUUGU